UCCUCCUACUUCAACUGUUUCCACAAAUGUGGUGACACUCAGAAAUAGUUGCCAGCAAAAUACUAGGAUUUCAGGCAACUGAGAGCACACUAUACUAUCUGUUCAUAAUUAUCUGAGCAGCCAAGGUCCAUAUUCGCAAAAAGAAGACCAACAUCUGUAUAGAUUUUUUUUUAAUCCGAACAAUUAGAAAUCACAAACAACUACUUUUUGCCUUCCUGAUAUCAUGGAGAAAGUCCAGUACCUCACCCGCUCUGCUAUAAGAAGAGCUUCAACUAUUGAAAUGCCUCAACAAGCACGUCAAAAUCUCCAGGAACUCUUUAUCAAUUUCUGUCUCAUAUUAAUAUGUCUCUUGCUUAUCUGCAUCAUUGUGAUGCUUCUCUGAAGUUCUGAUAUUACUUCUAAUUCCACUGUCCAUCAGUGUGGAUCUAAAACCUGUAUUAUGUGACAAGAAGAAACUGACAUUACAAGAAACCACUUUCUGGAUGCAAGAAUAUCUCCUUGAAAAAAGGAUGUAAAUGAUCAGCUGAUAGAUUCUCCCGCAGGAUCCUUCAAAGUUGGAAAAUGUUUCUUUCAAAAAUUAUUUGCAAAAACAAUUGUCUAUUUAUGCAUGAAGUAACUUUAUUGGCUUAUUAGGCACCGCUUAUAAUAGGCUCUGUUUUCUAAUUUACCCUAUGGUCAAAUACACCUUAUAUUCAAAGCAACAAUUUCACAGUUUGGGGGUCUGUAUAAUUUACAUUUUAUUGUCACACUCCCCAGAUAUUAGAUUUUUCAGUGCUUUCACAACAAUUACCAAAAGAGCAAUUCAAAAUAAUACUCCACCAUUCAAAACUGGAGUUUCUUAUAAUCAGUUCAAUUUUAAAUUAUUCAUGAAAUUGUAGAUAUACUUUCACUUUUGUUAUUGCUUAGAACCACAUACUUCCAAACUUUAAAAAAAAAAAAAAAUGAAAUGUUAAAAUAGAAAACCAGUUUUUAUUCUACACUGUACUUCACACCUAUUUAAAGAAAAUGUCUAAGAACAAAGAAAGAAUCUAGGAUAUACUGUAACCUAUUCAACAUGUAAAGGACUGCUUGCCAUCUGGGGGAGGGGGUGGAGGGAGGGAGGGGAAAAAUCAGAACAGAAGUGAAUGCAAGGGAUAAUGCUGUAAAAAAAAAAAUUACCCUGGCAUGGGUUCUAUCAAUAAAAAGUUCUUAAAAAAAAAAAAAAAGGAACAAAGAAAGAAAAUUGUAAAGUCCUAAAUUACCUUAUAUUAAAAAGUUAUAUAUUACUUAAAGUUCCAAUUGAUUUAACACAACUCAUUUCAGGAAGUGAGUAAUUAAAAAUUUUAAGUCAAUCAAAUCUAUGCUUCUUCCUAGGGUUAUGUUCCGGUAAAUAAAAGGGAACAAGUCAGUCAAUAAACUAGACAGGUUUUGAGGCUUUUGAUUAGCCUCAAAAAAGGAGAUAUUCUCAAAACUUCAAGGUAUUUUUUCCAAAGCCUACAACGGAGACAGACAUAGGUUCAUUGAGUACCAUGUAAAAGAAAAAGAAGUGAUCAUAUACAGCAAUAUAAAUUAUCCCAUCUUUUAAAAAAUGAAAAAUUGGUUUGCUUUUUUAUGCCAUAAUAUUUUUUAUGCCAUAAUAUACUAGUUUUACUCAACUUCUAUAAAAUAUUAAAAUUCCACCCUUUAUUCUUCUCAAGGUGGGAUAUAUUGUUGCUACUAAUUCAAAAGUAAGAUGUUUAUUGAGCACUUUUUUACAUAAGAUAUCUUAGUGGAAUACAAUAUUUACAGUUACAUUAAGAUCAGAGAAGGAAAUAGCAGGGUUUUUUUUUAAUUUGUUCUUUUGCCUGAAAAUUUUUUCAAAAUCUUUCAGAUAGAGUUUCCUUUAAACAAUGAUAAAUGAUAAAUGAAAUUCUGUGCCUUUUACAUUAAAAUUUUUAAACUGUGAUUUUCUAUUUUUAAGUGGAAAAUAAUUUUUGUACCUACAAAGCAUAUUCAGAAACCAGCAGUUUUCAUUCUUUUAAAAUAAAUCAAUUACUAAAUAAUUCCUGUCUAAAACACACUAUAGCCUUAUUAUAGGUGCACACCUCCUAUGAAAAGUUUUGAUAUUUUUCUUGUGACAGAAAAAAUCAUAAAAUCCAAUGAAAACAGGAGAUUCUUGGAUUUUACAGAGAAUGUAUAGAGUAAGCAGAGUGUUUGAAAUAUAGUGUCAGGAAAAAAAUACAAAAAUACAAUUACAUUAAGAAGUAAACCAGAAACUAGUCAUGUAAUGACAUCUGUUGAUAUAGUGAAAUAUUAGACAUGAAGUCAGUUCUAGUUUACUUUUAUCUAACUUGUUAGCUCCGUGUCCUCAGAAUGAAGGCAUUGUUUUGACUCAAUUAGAAAAACAUAAAUAAUGGUUCAGUGCUGAUUAAACAUUUUAAAAGGCUAAAGUGAUCUUAUAAACCAAGUGUAAUUUACCUUCCACUUGAUUUAUUCACUGUGCUAAUAAGUUUAAUUAUAUUUUAAUGAGAAUUCGUUAUAGUUUCUCUUUCCUAAGGAAAAAUACUUUUAUUUCUGCUCACGAAUAUAAAAUGAACCCGUACUGUCAAAAAUUAUGGAAUACUAUACUUUUCUACACAAAAAUCAAUUGCUUCAAAUCAAACUAUUAAGUUCUUAUAUACAGUGAUUUAAUGAUAAGCUACAUAAAUUAGGUUCUGGGAAGAACAAUAGGCAAAUUUUUAGAUAAAUUACAGCUGGUAAAGCCUGUGUUUAAAAUACCUUUAAAAUACCUUUAAAAAAUAAGAAAGUUGUUAUAUUAAAAAUGAAGAGAAUAAAUACCUAAAUAGAAUAUGAUUCAGAAGGAGUAAAUUCUAACAUUAUAGUCUGAUUAAAAAUGUUUGUAGAAUUAACUAAUUUUAAAGACUAUUCUGUGUUAUUUAUAUUGUGGUUGAUGAAAAAAUAAAACAUUGUAUAUCUGACACCAAAAUAUGAUGCUUAAUGCAAAUAGUCACAAUCACCUAUAUUAAAAAAUCAUGUUUUGAAUUUAAUUAUAUUGUUUCUAUAAUGUGCUAAUUGUAAUAUGACAAUAAAACAAUCUAAAAUACUGAA